UUAACACUUCCUCUUUGCCUAUGUAGAACCAUUCUUUAUCAGACAGGAUAUAAUUAUAUUAGUUCUAAUUCUACGUUAAAUGUAUACAUUAUUUAGUCAUUACUGAUAAAAAUCCUUCAACACCAAGACAACGCAGGAGUGGCUUCGGGUCAAGUAUCUGAAUGUCCUUGAGUGGCCCAGCCAGAGCCUGGACUUGAACCCGAUUGAACCUUUCUGGAGAGACCUGAAAAUAGCGGUGCAGUGACGCUCCCCAUCCAACCGACAGAGCUUAAUUAAGAGGAUCUGCAGAGAAGAAUGGGAGAAACUCCUCAAAUACAGGGGAUCAGACGCUGUGCAUCAACCACACCAGGAAUUCAAUUCAGGUUACAAGAAGACCCUCCGGCUGGCGUCAGUGGUGCCCCUUCUGAAAACAACAUAAUGGUGUGGAAUGCAGUCAUAUUCGGCCCAGAAGGGACACCUUUUGAGGAUGGCACAUUUAAGCUUACUGUUGAGUUCACAGAAGAAUACCCUAACAAACCCCCCACAGUACGAUUUGUGUCAAAGAUGUUUCAUCCAAAUGUGUAUGCAGAUGGCAGUAUAUGUCUAGACAUUCUGCAGAAUCGAUGGAGUCCAACCUAUGAUGUGUCAUCCAUUCUUACCUCUAUUCAGUCUCUGCUAGACGAACCAAACCCCAACAGCCCAGCCAACAGUCAGGCGGCCCAGCUUUACCAAGAAAACAAGAGGGAGUAUGAGAAGCGCGUGUCGGCCAUUGUAGAACAGAGCUGGAGGGACAGUUGACCACAUCCUCUCCCUUCUGGCUUUCUCUAUCACCAGCGCUGAGCUGUGUGUGAUGCGAGUUUGAGUAGUACAUCUUAAUUUAGAUUUUUUGUUUCUUCCUCCAUUUUAAUUUGACAUAUUUAUGCACUUUACCUGUCCCUUGUUGAACAUUUUUUUUCCUAACACGCUUGGAGUGGAGUUUUUGUUAUUUUUUCUAUGUCUCUCUCCUGUUUUGGCUUAUCAGGGGACUUAUGUGCUGAAUCUUGUUUUUGUCGCCACAGUCUUCAAUUGAGGACAAUUUUUGGACGUCAAUUACUUGCCGCCUCCCUUCCCACACUGAAAUAAAUUAGUUGGACUGA